AUGUUCUCAGGUACGUCCCGAGCGAUCCAGGUGCCAUCGGGCAAUACGACGUCAAUGGUGGCGGCCGAGGCGGACGCCGACGUGGAGGAGUCCGGGGAGACCAUGGUGGACGGGUCGGCGGACAUCGGCGCCACCACGCUCAAGCCCACGGAGCGCUUCCGCCGCCUCAUCCCGUACAUGACCUUCUACUUCGCGCAGCAGGGGCUGGCCCAGCGCCCGUACUUCCAGCAGUACGAGGGGCCCGCGCCCACCGCCGUGCUGCCUCCGCGCUAUCAGCCGGUCCCUGCGGCCGUGCCGGUGAGCGCUGGUAGCGUAGCAGCGCUGGCGCAGACGCUGGCGCUGCUGCAGGCGGCGCAGUCGCUGCCCGGGGAGGCGCCGGGCGCCGUGGCGAAGCUGCUGGCGCAGCAGCUGCUGGUGGCCCCGCCGCCCGCGCCCCAGGCCCAGGCCCCGGCCCGGCCCGCACCGCCCGCGCGCCUGCCCGUCGCCGCGCUCUACGGCGUCCGCGUGCCGGCGACGUACCGCCCGCCCGCCAAGGCCGCGCUACUCCCCUUGCAGAGCUACCCCGAUCCGGACGCAGAGGGCGGCACCCCCGGCCGGCCCGGCGUCGACUAUCCCACGCUCGCCAGCAUCCCGCCCACCACCUUCGACUGCAAGUCGCAGCGCUAUAAGGGCUUCUUCGGAGACCCCGAGACGCACUGCCAGGUGUGGCACUACUGCGACCUGAACGGCGGGCAAGCGUCCUUUCUGUGCCCGAACGGCACCAUCUUCAGCCAAGUGGCACUCACGUGCGACUGGUGGUUCAACGUGAGGUGCGCGUCCACGCCGCAGCUGUACGUGCUCAACGAGCGCCUCUACAAGUACAUCCUGCCGGUGAUGCCCAGCUUCCCGGAGGACUUCACGGGCCCGCUCGUCGACCAGUACCUCACGCUCAAGUUCCGCGAGCAGGAGCAGAAGAGCAAGGCCAAGGCAAAGGGCGCCAAAGCGCCCUCCUCCACGCCCAAGCCCACCACGGCCAAGCCGCAGCUGCCCCCGGCGCAGCCCACGCAAAACACGCUCCAGGACCUGGAGGACGACCGCUGA